GAGAAAUUUAGUACUGAGGAUUAGGAAGGUUGUCUUGUCCUCUCUCUCUCUCUCUCUCUGGUUGUUCUGUGGAAUUUGGAAAUGGAGAAGAUGAACAGUGCGGUGGAGAGGAUGAAGAUGCUGGUGGGCAUGGAAGUUGAUGAAGAAGACGCCUCUGCUCAACAAUCUAAUACCUUCAUCGACGAUUUCAAUCGUAAUUGCACCUUGUCCACCACUCAGAGGUUUUACGGAUUCGCCAUUUGCUUGGCUGCUGGAGUGACCUGCACUCUUCUGUCAAUGCUCGUCUUCUUUAAUCCAAUCAAGUUUGGAAUUACAUUCACUCUUGGCAAUCUUCUUGCGCUCGGAAGCACUGCAUUCCUUAUAGGCCCCAAACGUCAGGUGACCAUGAUGCUUGACCCUGUUCGUAUCUAUGCCACAGCCAUUUACCUUGCCAGUAUUAUUAUAUCCUUGUUUUGUGCUCUUUAUGUUCAUAACAAGUUUUUGACACUCUUUGCAAUUAUUUUAGAGUUUGGUGCUUUGAUCUGGUACAGUUUGAGCUACAUCCCUUUUGCUAGGUCCAUGGUAUCCAAGAUUAUGGUAUCUUGUUUUGACACUGAUUUCUAGGCUGAUUCUUCAUAAAAAACACACUACUCUGGUCCUGGAAGAUGUACACAGUCCACAAUGGGAGGUCAGUUAACCUUUUCCUUGUUUGAUACCAAAUUCUGUGUAUUUUGAUAAAGAGAUUAACGAUGUUAAACAUAUGCAUGUAUGUAUGUAUUGAUUUUGUUAAGAGCAAGCAAAGCACAGAAUUUGGUUGGUGUGAGACAUUUGUUGUUUGUACGUAUGAUAACGAAAGUAGAUGCAGAAAGUGUAUUUUAUCUGUUUUUGACUCACUUCUUUAAUAAACCAUAAACUGAUUCUUAUUGACAUGACAACUUA